AUGGCAUAUGACCGCUAUGUUGCCAUCUGUCACCCCCUUAAUUAUAUCACUAAAAUGAGUAUAAUAUACUGUGCCGGCCUUUUAGUUACAGCCUGGACAUUUGGGUUUUUAAACCCUAUUGGACAUGCUGUCCUUAUAUCUAAGAUGUCCUUUUGUGCUUCUCAUGGAAUCAGCCACAUCUUCUGUGACAUUGCACCAUUGUUAAAGAUCUCUUGCAGUAAUGUAUCUGCAGUAGAAAUGCUAAACUACACUGAAGGAACAAUAUUGGGAUUUAUUACAUUUCUUUUCACUUUAGUCUCAUAUAUUUUCAUCAUUUCAGCAAUCUUAAAUAUAAAAUCUGCUAAAGGUCAAUCUAAAGCAUUUUCUACCUGCUCCUCCCAUCUGACCUGCAUUAUUUUAUUGUAUGGGACAAUAAUAUCUUUGCACAUACAACCCACAUCUAACUACUCUUCCAAACAGGAAAAGUGGUUUUCUCUUGUAUAUGCUGUUUUGGUGCCAAUGUUAAAUCCUUUCAUUUACAGUUUAAAGAACAAAGACGUCAAAGACGUAUUGCUGAAAUUUAAAAAGAAAUGUGUAUGGGAAAACAUAUGA